UCUUUCAACCUAAACGAGCUGUCUCGAUUCUGGCAGCUGGCAAAAUCCUCAGAUCCAAAUAGCCCAUUGAGAGAGAGAACACGGUUCGUUUCAUCCGAUCUGAGCUCAGGUGCCACCGUCCUUCUCGCCGUCUCUUCCCGGCGUAAUGGAUGAUCCAGCUCUCCAAUGUGCGGUGAGAGAGCACCUUCUGACGGCUUCUGACGCGGUCGGAUGGCUCAUGAUUGCUAAUCCGUGCUGCCGAGUCAAGCAGCAAGCAGGCAGACCGAGUCAAGCAGGCAAACCAACUCAAGAUGAGUUCUGGGCUAUAAAUAGAGGCAAACAUCCCUCCCACCUGCUCCAAAUCACCGCCAUUCCACUUCCCACUCGACAACAAUCACUCCGAUACCACUCCUUCUCCACACCACUCUCAUUCACCAACUCCAAGUUUAUCAGUAUGCGAAGCGUAAUUGUUGCCGCCUGCCUCUUGGCUGCCGCCGCCAUGGCAUCCCCAGUAGAACUCCAAGCCCGAAAGCCGUGUGGAAACAGCUGUGACCCAUCCUACAUCAACGGCGGCAACAUCGGCGGCGGUUUCUUCUACGACAACGACCGCUCCAGUGACAGCAGAUACCACGAUUCAGCGAGCCAAUUCCAAUCCACUCCUUUCGGUACAUUCAGCAGCCAAAGGGAAAAUGACGCUGCCGCCUCAUCCCGCGAUCACACCCAGAUCAUCUCCAUCCCCGGCAUCGACGAUGGCCGCUUGUACUAAGCAGCGACAGUACCCUGCCCGUCUUAGUCUAGGAUCAGAUCGGCUCCUUUUUCCUCGUCCCCAGUUUGCUGGAGUGGUGAUUAUUCCAUUGGAUGUUCAUUGCUCCUCUCUCUCCCACUCCUUUGCCGUCAUACUUGUGCUGUGAUUUUCGGACCUUUGCCAUUGUUUUUUCCAUUGUCAUCUGGCUGUUUUCCAGUAGUGUACUUCUUUCCAAUCGGAUCUGGGUUCUCCUCCCAUCUAUUCAGGCCAUUACGUUUGCAAUAAUUUAACUUUGAGGGUCAACUUCAUUUUCAACAAUGUGCUUGAUGCAAUUCAUCGCCG